GCAGUAAUUUGUCCCCAACCCUUUUGUCUUAUAUGCUGGUGGUAAUAAUUUAGAAUCUUGGAGGUGUAGUUUGUAAUAAUUAAUAACCUUGCUAGCUAGCUAGUGUUUGUAAUAAUAACCUCAAGACUUAACCACCAAUGAAUAUUCGAAGCCAACUUUCUCCAAUGAAAUUUUAUGUCUGCUUAAGUAAAAGUACAACUUUAUUGAAAUAUCAAACCGAACCUGGUAGCCUAAAAUCCAGCACCUCCCACUUGGUAUGACGUUUGUGCAUCAUCUCCAAGCAGCGGGAUAUACUCUGAUCCUCGCACGUGAAUGCUAUUGGGAGAUCGGAUAUCAACCUAAAAAGUAUUUGGAAAAAUUCAGAAAAUCAAAAAGAAUCUGAACGAUCGUACAGAAUAUUUAAGAUUAGAAAGUUAACAGCAUUGUUCCAUUCUUACAAUUUAUUAUGUUGUUGACCUUCUGAACACCAUAUGAUUUGCCCAACAUAGCAUAUAAGCUAUGUAACUCAGUUGAUAUGAAUCAAGAAGCAAAAGAGAAGCAAAUCAAAGCAAAAAUAAAUCAAUGAAAAAUGAACUGAACAAUGGGGGGAUUAAUUAGUAGCGGAGACCCAUGCUCGGCCAUAAGAAUUUAUAUAUGGAGUUUGAAACAAUUACAGAUUUAAAACCAUAUAAUCAAUACUAUAUUUUCAAAAUCACUUUGGAGGUCAAUCGAUACACAUAUUAACGACUAAAAUUUGGGAACCAAUACAAAUGCUUUGUCUCACUGCCAUGCAGAGACUCUCUAAAUCAACAAUGACUACAACGGCGGAGAUAUGAUGGUUUACCAUCCGUUCUGGAACAGAAUUUUAUAAAACCAAUUCCAAAUAUUAUAAGUUUUAUUUCUUCCAUUUUGAAAAGAUCAUAUUUUUUACAUUUUUAAAGCAUUUUUUGAAAAAAAGAGAGAGUAGGUAGAAAAUGUGUAAUUUCUAUAAUAUUUUAAAGGAACAUUAUAAUUAGAAAGAUGUAGCCAACUUAAAAAAAUUUGGUUUUUUUUUCUAGGUAUUCUCUUACGAAUAUAAUAGAGGUCAAUAGAAAGUGUUCAUAUUCAUUAUUAAAAAAAAUCAUAAAUUUACUUAUUCUCCAAGUCGUACUUAAUCUCCAAGUUAAAAAGUAUAUUGUAUAUUCAUAUAUAAAAAAGAUCCAUUAUCAAUUCUCUUUUCUAUAACAAGCUGAGACAAGCAGAAGCAAAGAAAGAAAAGAAAGGAAAACCAAAAUAAAAAAAGGAACAAUGGCGAUCAUUGGAGGAGAGGAGAGGCGAGUCACCAGCGGCGGAGAUACGAUGGAGCAUUCGUCGUGGAAGGAAAUAAGUCCGACUCAGUACAAGGUGAUAGAGACCGUCUUCAUGACCGCAUUCGGCGGUGUCAGCGGAGCUGUUUUGGGCGGUAUAAUAGGAACGGUCAUCAUGGCCCCAAUGGCCCGGCGUUACCCUCAGGCCCUAGCCGCACUGAGGCGAACUCAGUAUGCUCGUGCGUAUGCUCUGGAGGGUUCAGCAGUUUUCGCUGCAUGGUUUGGAAUUGAAUCCAUAAUGAGAGGAAUCAGAGGCAAAGAUGAUCUUACGUCUCGCAUGGUCUCAGCAUCAGGUGGUGGGUUGGCAUACUCUUUUGCGAUGAAAGGCUUGACAGGACAACCUGCACACGCACUCUUCACCUCUGCUUAUUACGCUGCUCUUUCAGGAACAACUGCGACAAUCAAAUCGCGCAAUGCCCAAGACGCCUUUUACAUAGAGACAAAAGCUAUGCUAUCGAAGCUAGGCCUAGAGGAAUACGAGAAGAACUUCAAGAAGGGACAUCUCACUGAUCCCACUUUACCAUUUCUUACUGAUAGUGUCCUACAAGAAGUUAACAUUCCACCAGGGCCAAGGCUUCUGAUACUAGAUCAUAUCCAGAGGUUUUGUAUACAAACUUCUCUCCUCUUACAUGGAUCAAAUAUAUGAAUUUGAAUCUAACCAUGUAUGUUGUUUUGAGUGCAGGUACAAUAAGAUGGUAAACCGCAAGUGAGGAAAGCAGUCUAAAUUUUGGUGAUGACUUGGAAGUAGUUCUGCGACCUAAUAUUGGUAGUUUGUAAUAAUAUUCUUUAUGACAUAAGGAUAUCUAGUCUAUUUUUUAUUUUAAAAUAGAGUUUUGAGUAAAAAUGCUAUAAUGGUAUUCUAUUUUCCACAAAACAGGUUUACUUAAUAUAUAUCGAGUAAAUUGUUUAUUUUUUGUUUUCACUUCAUUUUCAAUCUAAAAUAAAAUAUCAUUGGAGCAUCAUCUAACUCUAUUAUAGGUACAAAACAAAAAAUUGUUAUUCGCUUUAAACUAAUAGUUGCUCCAAUCGAAUAACGAUUUUUGUUUUAACUAAAUUAAAAUUAGCUUAUUAUAUUCUUAACUUUAGGUAAUUUAGUUCACGCUUUUAGCUACAUACCGAAUUAACAUCGAUUGAAAAACUAAAUCAAAAUUUUUUUCUCGUUCACAUGUUCCUAUUGUUUUACUCCUAGUAGGGUUUCACUUUUCGGUUUUGAAUAAUUUUCCUUGUUGUUUGUGUAUUAGGUUUCAAACUUGUGUUUAUACUUUUGAUUUUUGAGAUUUGCUUAAAGAAAGCAAUCAACAACUUUGAAUGGAAAAAAAGAGAAUGUCACUGAUUUAGGAUAUAUGAUGAGAAUUACGUGGAUGAUAUACUCCAAAAAACCGAAUCACAUAGGUCCACAUGAUAAGUACCUCACGAAAUGGAAAAGCUAUGUUAUUGAUUUGAGCUUAGAUUUUAGUAAAUAAGAUUUAUGUGAUGUACUAGAAAUUGGAUUGUGCAGAGGAAAUUUCACAAAAUUCAAUUCACCGCAAGUUGUCACAGUAGGAAGUUAUGUAUAUAUUUCAAUAUGAUAAUUGGCACUAAACUUGCAUUGAGACUAUUUAAGUGUCCAAUCCAGAUGAUAAGGGUGGGCAUUUCAGUUGAAAUUCAGAUUUUAUUUGAGUUCGAUUUGGUUUGGUUGAUUCAGUUCUAAUAAAAUUUUAACUGAAAUCAACUGAAAUUAGUUUGGUUUGUGUUCGGCUUAAGUUUGGUUUGGUUUGCGUGUAGUAUAAUUCAAUAGGUUUGGUUUUUAAUUUGGUUAAAUUUUUUUUAUAAAACAUAAUAUAAAUCAUCAUCUGAUGAUCACAAAUUCAUUCACUUCUUCAUUUUCAAUAGAAGAUUUAAUCCAAUAAUUUGAAUCAUUAUUUUCAAACAUAGUAAUCAGUGCUUUUGAUAAUGUAGAAAAGUCAUGUUUCUUAUUGUCGUGAAACAUGUUUAAUCAAUGCUUUAAUUGUUUAUAUUGAAUUAUUAACUAUCUUAAAUUUUAGUGUUGUUAGUACAUAUAGUUUUCUCGGUCGAUAGUUGUGCAUAUAGUUAACCUAAUCAAACACACUUUGAGUUUUCAGUUCGUUUUUAAACCAAACCAAACCGUUUGGAUUGAUAAAAAUGUUAACCAAAUGGUUGAGAUAUAUACGUCAAAAUAUGAGUCUUUGUAGUGCAUUUCCACUGAAUAGAAUCCAGUAAGGAGGCUUGAAGGCUUUCUAAGGCAAACCCGAUGAUCCUCAUUGUCAUCAGUCGUCUCUUUACCCAUAAUCAUUAUCAUGACGUUUGUAGCUACGGCAAUAAAACCUUGGAACCAUUCCACUCCUCCUAAAUCAUUUUCGUUGCUGCUUUUACAGAGAAUAAUGAGUUCUUCAUCGAUCAUCCUCAGCUCACACAUAAUGACCGCAUGUAAUCCUUCAAUUUCAGCACCUUCUUUCAUUGGCCCUCUGUAUAUACCAGGCCCAUCCCAACCUUUAAAUUCGUAAAGUGUUGCACCAACUGGGUGCGUUCUAAGCCUAACAAGAGCUUGGUUUAACGUUUCAUAAUUCAUACUCAUAAAAACCUUCUAUUUUGUAUAAUGGAUGGCUUCUGUUUAUCUUCCUCUCCUCUAAGCAGCUGAAUAACACAUUCCCUGGUUCUUCCUCUGGAUAACUUUUGAAUGUAUGCUAAGCCCAUCUGAAGUGAACACCCAAAGCACGCAUGGCCCAUUCGGUCAGAAUUGCGACAUUUCAGGUUGAUGAUAUACUCUUCUCUGUCGACGUUCUGGAUCAGAUAGAAAGUGCACAAAGCUCUGAAUUCUUCAUCUAAACCGUGUAGUAACCUAGUUCCAGCUACCAAAUCAGUGUCUGCGUAAGACCAGCAUGCAUUGUGUUGGUCUUGGUUUAUAAUCCUCCCGAUAGCAGUUGUGAUCCUGGUCGGGGUUCCUUCCGCUCUUUCCACAAGGUAAGCACGCCAUUCAGUCUCUCUCACCCAAAACAUCACGAGGAAAUUAUUCAUGUCGCUUAGUUUCAAAUCCGAUGUAUCAUCUACAUAAAUUUCUUGUCCUCCCUCCAAACACCUUUUUGCAAUUUCACUGAAAACGUCAACUGAAUACUUCUUUUUCAACUUUCCACGUAUUUCCUUUGGAAGCCUUUUUAGUAUCUCAGACUUUUUAGGUAUAUCCAUGAUUGGCUCUUGGUGAAGAAACCGGCAUUUAUCUCCUUUGUGACAGCGUCUUUUUUGGAAAUAUUUGCACACAACUUCUCUAGGAGGAGAACUGUGAAGAAACCGGCAUUUAUCUCCGUUGGUACAACGUCCUGCUUGGAAAUAUUUGCACACAACUUCUCUAGGAGGAGAACUGUGAAGAAACAUGCACCGAUCUCCAUGUUGAUAGAGCCCCUGUGCGAAAAACUUGCAAGCUCUUUUGAAUUCACCAUUCACCAUUCACCAUUCUCUCUCAUUUCUCAUUUUACAAAGAUCUAUUUGACAUCCGGUGCUGUGGUGUAGUGGUUAUCACGUUUGCCUUACACGCAAAAGGUCUCCAGUUCGAUCCUGGGCAGCACCAUUAAUUUUUGCAUUCAGUCACAUUUGUAAAUGCUAUUAAGAAAAGAAAACACGUGAUUGAUUCUCGCCUUAUAAAAAAAUCCAAUAACUUGCUUGUU